AUGGCCAACCUGACAGUCAACUCUCAAGCACCUGCUGCUGCUUCUUUUGGCAAUCAUCAUAUGCCUGCCACGACGGUCACUGGGCUCGGGGACCACCACCUCGACCUCCAGCCCAUCGAGCAGCAACAAAUCCAAGCAGGCCGGCGGCUACGGCUCCUCCACGCAACCAACGUUGAACUACCUCAUCUCCUCAAUCAGAUGGACCUCAACUCGGACGUGUACGCCGCUGGUGAGAACUACUACUACCAGGCCGUUGAGCCAAGCGAGUUCGGACAGAACCCCGUGGACGACGACGACCCAUCGAUGCUUGGAGCUAACCUGGAGCCGCAUCCAUAUAUCGUCACCGACGACGUCCUCCAAAGCGGCGUCGACCUCGACCAGCACGACGACGCCGCUCUUCAACAGGCCACGGCUGUUGGUCUGUUGCACCACCAGCAGCAGCAGUUCGGCGCUGCCGGAGAGGGGGGCGCCAACAUGAACGGCCUCGCCUCGCCCCCGGUGGUCAUCCAGUACAUUCUCACUGGGGACAACAACAUCAACCUCAUGAUCAACGGGCAGACUCAGCAGCAGCUGGUCUUGGGACACCACGAACAGGGUGGUCAGUAG